AUGUCAAAUUGGGCCCCCGCCCCCGAAGGGGGCGGGGACCCCCGAAAUUAUUUUGGUGUAGGUAUAAUUAUUAAACAUGGGGAAACUACAUUACAAUAUCUGGUUAGGUCAAUAAAAGAUUUAGAUGUCAUUAUAUCUCAUUUUGAUGCAUAUCCAUUGAUUAGUCAAAAAUGAUCUGAUUAUAAACUUUUUAAAGAAGCAGUUGCAUUAAUUAAAAAUAAAGAACAUAUAACUAAAGAAGGAUUUAAAAAGAUUCGAGGGCCCGUGGGGCCUUGAAUCAACCCCCCCCCCCCCCCCGGAGGGGGGGUCGAUUCUUUCUUUAAAAGCUUCUAUUAA